CUUGCGCUUGUGAUAACCCUUCCUCUCCCUGGGCGAGGAGCGCCUAAGCGAGGCCACGAUGACGGUCAGCCACCGCAUACGCGCGCACCAGCCGGACGAGAUACAGACGAUCAACGAGCCCGGGCUACAGAUCGAGUGCGACGGCUGCGCGGCCGACCUCACGCACUCCGUCCGCAUGAAGUGCGCCGACCCCGCGUGCGAGCCCGGAAACGGCGACGCGGUCGACAUCUGCCCGCGCUGCUUCUGCGAGGGCAAGGAGUUUGGGCGGCACAAGCGCUGGCACGCCUACCGCGUCGUCGAGCUGCACUCGUACCCGAUCUUCGAGGAGGACUGGGGCGCCGACGAAGAGAUACUUCUGAUCGAAGGUUUAUCGCUACAAGGGCUGGGGAACUGGCAAGCUAUAGCGGAACAUGUCGGCACGCGGACGAAGGAGCAGGUCGCGGAGCACUACCACCGCGUCUACAUCAACUCGCCGGGCUGGCCUCUACCGCGCAUGGACCAGCAGUUCGACGUCGACCCUGCGACCUUCCACGAGCGCAAGCGGCGGCGCAUCUCGACGAUGGACACGAUAGCGACGCCGCUACCCAAGGUCGCGCCUACCUCCGCGCCGGCCGUGCACGAGGUCGCGGGCUUCCUCCCUGGCCGGCUCGAGUUCGAGCACGAGGUGGAGAACGAGGCGGAGGACUUGAUCAAGGACCUCGAGUUCGGCGUGUGCCUCGAGUGGGGGGGCGGGGACAUGGUCGAGGACGAGAACGAUCCGGACGUGAAGGCGCGCGCGAAGUGGAUCGAGGAGCGGAGGGCGGGGAAGGGCCCCGCGAUGAAGGGCGCGGGCUUGGGCGCGGGGAAGGGACCGGGGAAGAGGGGGUAUCCUGGUGGGAAGGUUCCCGGGAAGACGGCGGGGAAGGGGAGUAAGGGUAAGGGCGUGUCGGCGGCGAAGCAGAUGUUCACGCCGAAUGGGACCAUACGAUCGCAUGCGCUGAAGAACGGCGUCGCGAACGGUGCUAAUGGGGCGGCGAGCGCGGCGCCGGGGAGAGAGGAGACGAAGGGCCGGCCGUCGCGGCAUGCGCCGAUGCCUAAGGAGGAGGAGGAAGCGAAGAAGAACGGCGGGGAGGAGGAGGGCGAAGGAGAGGGGGAGGAUGAGGUCACGCAGCCGCCGCCGAUCGAGACGAAGGAGAGCUUGGAGUUCAAGCUCGCGUUGAUCGAGAUGUAUCAGCAUCGAGUGGACAAGCGGAAGGAGCAUAAGGAGGUCAUAUUCGACCGCGGCUUGCUGGAGUACAAGAAGAUGCAAGCGGCCGACAAGAAGAGACCAAAAGAGGAGAAGGACAUCGUCCAUCGGUUGAGGCCGUUCGCGAGGCUGAUGACAGCGGACGACUUCGAGUCCUUUUGCACGGACAUACUUUACGAAUCGAUGCUCCGGAAGCGAAUACAGGAGCUGCAGCACUAUCGCCGCAUGGGCUUACGCACGGCGGCAGACAUUGACAAGUACGACAACGACGUGCACAAACGGGCCUACGUCAAAACCAACACGCCUGUGGAUUAUUACGCGACGCCCAGCCAACGGCGACGGCACGGCAGCGCCGGCAUGGACGUCGACGACCCCGACGUCGACAUGGGCACGCCGCGCCCGGCCGCCCCGGCCCCGGCCGUUCGCAAAGCGCCCGCGCCGCUCAACCUCGCCAACUCGCCGCACCUGCACCUCCUCACCCCCGCCGAACAGACCCUCUGCUCCGCGCUGCGCAUUUUGCCCAAGCCGUACCUCGUCAUCAAGGAGACGCUCGUGCGCGAAUACGCGCGGCGGGGCGGUAAGCUCCGGCGGAGGGAGGCGCGCGACCUGGUGAAGAUCGACGUGAAUAAGACGAGCCGGAUAUGGGAUUUCCUCGUCCAGGCCGGGUUCUUGAGAAUCAACCUCGAACAGACGGCCGCGGGGACUUCGGCGUCCACGAACGGGACGGCGAGCGCGUCGGGAUCGCCGACGAAGGGCGCUGUUGGGCCGUCAGCAUCGACGUCGUCUAUGGGAAGCGCGGCGAGCGGGAGUAGCUCGGUCCUUCCUGCUCUUGUGCCUGCGCAACCACCUCCAUCAUGAGAGCACACCCUUCCAUCACGCCAACCGUUUCUGCUCGGUUCAGCAUUGCUUCUAUAUUAUCCACGCAUAUUCGACCCCGCACACUGUAUUCUAUGCACAUUAUUCGUCGGUGCUUAUGCAUCUGUACUCUUUCGGAACCAAUGUUGCACGACUGGCUGAGCUACUGCUCGCGAAUUCGGAACCAGCAGCAAGGAUCGGAUAAUAGUGUCGAAACAACAAUCCCAAAUCGAAAAGCGUGAGGUGUGGAUAACAACAAAGGUGUAUCUCGGGAUUUAUUACGCCUACUUCCUGCGUUUCUUCCUCGACCCAGACGUGUCCUCGUCGGCGCUCUCGUCGUCGACAUCCAUGCCAUGGCCACUCUCCUCGUCUACGUCCAUCCCGCUCUCUGUUUCCUGGUCGAACCGCGCCUUCAAUCCCUUCAUCUUCCUCGUCUGCAGCUUGCCCAGGUCCUGCUUCGCGACAUGCAGCCGGCCGCGCAGGUCGCCCAUCUCGUCCACCUCCAUGUUCUUCCGCUUCUUCCCGAGCCCCUUCUCCACGUCCUGUUUCUUCAGCUUUGGCCGGCGCAUGGCCGCCUUCCACAUCUCCGGGUCGGCGUCUUGGUGCCGGCGCAGGACGAGAUCCAGUGAUGGUCCCAUUGGUGUGAGCUCCACGCGGGGGAUGCGGCUUCCCGAGGAGAGCAGGCGGAUGGUGUACGCGCGGAUAUGUACUUUGGGUAGAGAUUUGGUGUCGUCCGAGUCGGCGGCGGCGGCGAGGGUGGGGGGUGUGGGCGCGAGGGAGAUGGAGAUGACGUGCUCCAGCCCGGCGAGACAGAGCUGGUCGAUUUCUUCGCCGUUGAAAAAGCUCAUCAGCAUGGAUUUGAGCUGGAUGAAGCGGGGAUGGGUAUCGAAUAGCUCGGACGCGAAGUGCAACAUUGGUUUGUGUCCUGGGGUGGACUUAGGCGUCUUGAACUCAUUCAUGCUCACGAAACUCUCCACGCCGACCUCACACAUGUCAAGCAACUUGUAGUCGAACAUGCGCGCAAAGGUCAGGCCGUUUGGCCUCUUCUUGGUACUCUGCCCGACCACGAACAACGAUGCGUCGUUCUUUUGCGACCAAAACUCAAGCGAAGCAGGAUCCUCAAACGGCCGGAUCGUGUUUUUCUUGGAGAAGGAUAUUAUGUCUGGGCGUUUCAACGCCAUCUAAGAAAGACAAUCGAUGUAUAUCAUGGUUCCCUCUCACCAUACCUGCGGUAGACUCACAAGCUCCUUCAUGGCGUUGUUCACAACCUCUCCCGUGUGCGUACCCUUCACGAAGAUAGCCGUCCUCGCAUCCUCGAGCUCUUUGGGCUCUCGCGCCUCCAGCGCUCG